AUCUUGAAAUAUUGCUGUCUUCACCUCCUCCUUCGGAAAAGUCUCUCUCUCUCUCUCCAAACAUUGUCUUUCUCUCUCUAGAUUCUCUCCCUCUGUUCCUCUCUCUCUCUCUCUCUCUCUUUCUCUCUCUGUAUCUGUAUAUAUUUAUAUAUAGAUACAGAUUUCUUCUGGGUUCCGUGAAUGGCGCCGAGAUUGAGGGACCUCCAGCUGACGGCGGCUGGUGGAGGAGGACGACGGAAACAGGCGGCGAUCGACGAGGAAUCCGGCGACCUCGAGGACGUGAGGCUUCUCGAUGACUACGAAGAUGGGAAUUCUGCUAAAUUGGAGGGUUUCGAGGAAGGUACGAAGCGAAUUCAAGUCGCGGUCACCGGGAUGACUUGUGCGGCUUGUUCGAAUUCCGUCGAAGGAGCUCUCAGAAGCGUCAAUGGCGUGCUUCGAGCUUCGGUGGCUCUGCUUCAGAACAAGGCCGAUGUGGUUUUUGAUCCUAAUUUGGUCAAGGAAGAAGACAUCAAGAUUGCAAUAGAAGAUGCAGGGUUUGAGGCAGAAGUUAUUCCUGAACCCAGUAUAUCUCGAACAAAACCUCAUGGAACCCUGGUGGGGCAGUUCACUAUAGGAGGUAUGACAUGUGCAGCUUGUGUGAAUUCUGUUGAAGGCAUCUUAAGAGAUCUUCCUGGUGUUAAAAGGGCAGUAGUUGCCUUGGCCACUUCAUUGGGGGAAGUUGAGUAUGAUCCUACUGUAAUAAGUAAGGAUGAUAUAGUCAAUGCAAUAGAAGAUGCUGGUUUUGAAGGUGCACUUGUUCAGAGCAGUGAGCAGGAUAAAAUCAUACUAGGGGUUGCUGGAAUAUCCAAUGAGCUUGAUGCACAUACUUUAGACAGCAUACUUUGCAACUUGAAAGGAGUGAGGCAGUUUCGUUUUGAGAGGGUAUCAAAAGAACUAGAAGUUCUCUUUGAUCCUGAAGUAAUUGGUACUAGAUCCUUAGUUGAUGCAAUUGAGAGUGGAAGCAUUGGAAAGUUUAAAUUACAUGUCAAGAACCCUUAUACAAGAAUGACUUCUAAAGAUAUAGAAGAAUUAACAAAAAUGUUUUGGCUCUUCACUGCCAGUCUACUUCUCAGUAUUCCUGUGUUUCUAAUGCGAGUACUCUGCCCUCAAAUACCGUUGCUGUAUUCUUUGUUGCUCCGACAAUGUGGGCCGUUCCAAAUGGGUGAUUGGUUGAAGUGGGCAUUGGUUACUGUUGUUCAAUUUGGUAUUGGGAAACGUUUCUAUAUUGCAGCUGGCAGAGCACUUCGAAAUGGAUCAACAAACAUGGAUGUCUUGGUUGCAUUGGGUACCUCUGCCUCUUACUUCUACUCUGUUGGUGCACUUCUAUAUGGUGCAGUCACUGGAUUUUGGUCUCCAACAUACUUUGAAACAAGUGCGUUGCUAAUAACAUUUGUUCUAUUGGGAAAGUACUUGGAAACUCUUGCCAAAGGGAAGACAUCAGAUGCUAUAAAGAAGCUAGUGGAGCUUACGCCUGCAACAGCUUUAUUGCUUGUCCAAGACAAAGGUGGAAAAAAUAUUGGAGAAAAAGAGAUAGAUGCAUUGCUCAUUCAGCCUGGUGACAAUUUAAAAGUUCUUCCCGGUACAAAGGUUCCUGUAGAUGGUGUUGUUAUGUGGGGUUCAAGUUAUAUUAAUGAGAGUAUGGUUACUGGUGAAUCCACACCUGUCUCGAAGGAGGUGAAUUCAUCGGUUAUUGGAGGUACAAUGAAUUUGCAUGGUUCCCUUCACAUACAAGCAACCAAAGUUGGGUCUGACACAGUUUUGAGCCAGAUAAUUUCUCUGGUGGAAACAGCACAGAUGUCCAAAGCUCCUAUUCAGAAGUUUGCUGAUUUUGUUGCUAGCAUUUUUGUCCCUACAGUUGUUGCUUUGUCAGUGUUGACUUUAUUAGUGUGGUAUAUUGGUGGAGUUAUGGGAGCUUACCCAGAAGAAUGGCUACCAAAAAAUGGCAAUUUUUUUGUUUUUUCUCUCAUGUUUUCGAUAUCGGUUGUGGUGAUUGCAUGUCCGUGUGCACUUGGCUUGGCCACACCAACUGCUGUCAUGGUCGCAACAGGAGUUGGAGCUAAUAAUGGUGUGCUAAUAAAAGGAGGAGAUGCAUUGGAGAGGGCUCAGAUGAUUAAAUAUGUGGUAUUUGAUAAAACUGGCACCCUAACCCAGGGAAAAGCCACUGUUGCAGCUGCCAAAGUUUUCACAGGAAUGAAACUUGGAGAAUUCCUUACAUUGGUAGCUUCAGCAGAGGCUAGCAGUGAACACCCAUUGGCAAAAGCGAUAGUGGAAUAUGCCCGCCACUUCCAUUUCUUUGACAAGCCUUCAACUACCAAGGAUGCCCAAAACAACAUUGAAGAGUCCAAAUCCUCUGCAUGGCUUCUUGAUGUCUUGGAUUUCUCUGCUCUUCCUGGAAAAGGUGUUCAGUGCUUUAUUGAUGGAAAACAAGUUUUGGUUGGUAAUCGGAAACUAAUGACUGAAAAUGGGGUUGCCAUUCCAAAGUCUGCAGAAGAUUUUGUUGUAGAAUUGGAAGAAAGUGCAAAGACGGGUAUACUUGUUGCAUGUGAUAGUGCCCUAAUUGGUGUUUUGGGAGUAGCAGAUCAACUAAAAAGAGAAGCUGCUGUGGUUGUAGAAGGCCUUAUGAAAAUGGGUGUCAAACCUGUAAUGGUUACUGGGGAUAAUUGGAGGACAGCUCAAGCUGUUGCUAAGGAGGUCGGGAUUCAAGACAUAAGGGCAGAGGUGAUGCCAGCUGAAAAAGCUGAUGUCAUUCGUUCAUUUCAGAGUGAUGGAAGUGUAGUGGCAAUGGUGGGUGACGGAAUCAAUGACUCUCCUGCCUUAGCUGCUGCAGAUGUUGGCAUGGCAAUCGGAGCUGGAACAGACAUUGCUGUCGAGGCAGCCGACUACGUGUUGACGAGAAAUAACUUAGAAGAUGUAAUCACAGCCAUUGAUCUCUCAAGAAAGACCUUCACACGUAUCCGAUUGAAUUACGUGUUUGCGAUGGCUUACAACUUGAUUGCGGUUCCAAUCGCCGCUGGAGUUUUCUUUCCGUGGGUAAAAGUCGAAUUGCCGCCAUGGGCAGCCGGGGCAUGCAUGGCUCUCUCAUCUGUAAGUGUUGUCUGCUCUUCUUUGCUUCUAAGAAGAUACAGAAAACCAAGGCUCACUACUGUAUUAGAAAUAACUGUAGAGUAGAGAACAGGGGAAACAAAAAAAAAAAGAAAAGAAAAAGAAAAAAAAAAAACUAGGUAUUGGUUUCUACGGAGAGAGAAUUGAAAUGGAUAAAUUGGGAGUGAAAUGAUAAUUGGUAUCCCAAUUUUGUGCAUCUCAUUGUUAAUUUUUCUAGAGUUCACAUAUACUGGUGUUUUGAUAAUCCCCUUUCAAUGUAAAUUCCAUUUGUUGUAUCAUUUCCCUAUAUCUUUGUGUCUUUUGUUUUCCCCCCAAAUUUGUUUUUGUUCUUCUUGUAAUCGUAUUUAUGCUUUAUUUUUUUGUUUUUUGUUUUUGGUAAAGCAUAUUUUGCUUUGCUAGAAAAGCUAUUUUGGUUGUAACCAAAUUCAAUGCAAGGUGGGAGCUGAGUUGCUA